AGCCACAAGUUUACAACAAAUUUAAUCCGCUUUUUCUCAAUCAGGACACUCCUCCGAAGCUUUUACUUGUGCCAAGACCAAGCAGGUAAAGGCAAGUGAUUUGAAAUGGCUCUUGCUGGGUUGAAGGUCAUUGAGAUUGCUGGUCUAGCACCAGUCCCCCAUGCAGGACUGAUCCUUGCUGACUUCGGUGCUCGGGUCAUCAGGGUGGACCGACUUGCUCAGAUGAGUGACAAACUUAGCCGUGGCAAGCUGUCUGUCGCCCUCAACCUGAAGUCGCCAAAGGGAGUUGAAGCAUUCAAGAGAGUAAGCAGCGAUGCCGAUGUCCUGAUAGAACCCUUCAGACCUGGAACCAUGGAGAGGAUGGGUCUGGGUCCAUCUGUUUUGAUGAAAGACAACCCAGGAUUAAUCUAUGCAAGACUAAGUGGGUUUGGACAGGAAGGUCCUAUGAAGCAAAUGGCAGGUCAUGACAUCAAUUACAUUGCCACCGCCGGAGUUCUGUCUGCACUUGGGCGAACAGGAGAGAAGCCCAUCUUCCCUGUCAACUUGCUGGCAGACUUUGCCGGAGGGGGUCUUAUGUGUGCCAUGGGCAUCGUCAUGUCUCUGUUUGAAAGAACAAGAUCUGGACUUGGCCAAGUCAUCGAUGCAAAUAUGGUUAAUGGAGCAGCCUAUGUUAGCUCCUUUUUAUGGGCAAAUCGUGAUAUGGGUCUUUUUGGAGACGAUGCCAGUAGAGGAAAGAAUCUUCUUGAUUCGGGAGCUCCAUGCUAUGAUACCUAUCGUACUUUAGAUGGAAAGUAUAUGGCAGUGGGUGCCCUGGAACCCCAGUUCUACGCUAAGUUCUUGGAAGGUAUUGGACUCGCUGAUGACGAUGACCUGCCACCACAGUUGAGCAGGGAGGACUGGCCCAGUAUGAAGCAAACAUUUGCCAGUAUCUUCGCCACCAAGACCCAGUCAGAGUGGACCCUGAUCUUUGAGAACACUGAUGCCUGCGUCACUCCUGUCCUGACUAGAGACGAGGCAUCCCAGCAUCCUCAUAACAAAGCCAUGGGACACUUCUUGACGAAUACCAAAGGGGGGCGCGAACCCGCCCCUGCUCCGAUCCUGUCACGCACCCCAGCUCGGCCUAACUCAAUGGCUCUUCCAGCUGUCGGCCAAGACACACUGGCAGUUCUGUUAGAGGCUGGAUACAGCAAAGAUGAGGUGAAGGAGAUGUGCGAUAAUGGGGUUGCCGAAGUGGCAAAAGUGUCUUCCAAGUUAUGAGGAGCUUCCACAACAGGGUCCAACUGAUGACGCGAAAUCAGCAUGAAGCGAUGAGCAUCCCUAAAAUGUAUGUGGCUUUCAGCAUCAUCAAAAUAUAUAAAGAUCAGAUUGCAAUUGAUGAUUACCUGACGGCAGUCAGUGAUGGUGAUGGGAAAAUGCAGAGAAUUUAAAAAAAAUGUUGAAAGAGCUUAAUCGCAAGAGAUGGGUACAAAUAUCUAGGAGAAUGAAGGUGUAUGAGAUGUGUUCAAAGGUGAUUGCUUAUCUAUCUCUCUCUAUUAAGGUGAGAUUCAGCAAUUCAAAUGGUAUUCAAUAACAAAUCUUUGAAUAUACAUGCAUGUAACAGCAUCUUCCAUUAAAUUCUAGUCUCAAAGACACUGAAAGUUAUUGUUGACCAGUGCUCGGUGAUUUUGAAAAUUACUGAUGCUAUAAUUUAUUAUGUUGUGAUGGUUUUGUUAUGGUCACCCUGCUAGUUUUUGCUGUAAUUUCCACUUUUGACCACGGUCAUUGCAGCACUAAAAAAGGUUCAAUUGAUUGAACUAUGAGUAUGAUAAUUUGUAAAUAUGAAAUAUAUGACAACUCAUAAACAUGCUUAAAUUUCAAAUCUUUGCCAUUGCUUAACAUCUGGUUCUGGACAAUUUCUGAAGUGAUCCAAUUAGAAUGAAAAGCAUUCAGCUUUCAACAAGUUAAUCAAUCUUUGAAAAGUUAACAGUUCAAAGGAUAGUUUUCAAAAUCUUUCAGGAUUCAUUAUUGAAUUCCUGUAGUUUUCAGGAUAUAAUAAAGACGUUGAAGGAACCUAGUUCCUUGACAAAUCAUCAUCUUUCACAUUAUUCACUAAGAUAGCUU